AUGCCGCAAAAUAAAAAAGAUAAUACAGCUUGUUUACCACGUUUAAAACGUGAAAUAGUUGAAUUAUAUAAUGAACCACUCAAAGGAAUUAAAGUGAAAUUUCACGAUGAUGAUAUAACUUUAAUGUGUUUAAUAUUAACUUUACAUCAAGGACCAUAUAAAAACCUAAGAUUACAUUGUAAUGUUAAAAUACCACCUGGUUAUCCUCAAAUAGCACCAAUUAUUACAAUACUAACACCAGUAAAGCAUCCCAACGUUUUCGGAACGUUUAUUUGUGCUGAUAUAUUACAAGCUCAUAAUAAUCAUAGCUCUGAAUAUAAUGGUGGAUAUACACCUGGUUAUUUACUUAAAUAUAUUUUUUUACAAAUAUUGAGCUUCUUUUCUGAAAAUAAUGUUGAACAGGAGGAUGGUUAUAUUUCACAAAUUAGCUCCAAACACGAAAGUUUUAGGGAGUAUUCUGAUGCUAUUGUAAAAGGAUAUGAAUGUAAAUUAUGCGGUUUUAAUGAUUCGAAAGCUUCUAAACCUUUAAUGUCCUUCCUUACUGAUGAUGAAUUACAAAUAGAAAUGAAUGAUAUGGAUUCUGACUGUUCCAGUGUAUUAUCUAGCGUAAGGAUAAAAUCAAAAAAUAUUCCCGUGAAUGUUUCUUCAUACAUUUCGACAGCUACAGUAAAUGAUUUAGGUGAUGAUGCUUGGUUACAUAUUCUAGAAUUUUUGCCGGAUCGUGAUAUUGUGGUCUUCUCAAAUGUUUAUGCACGUAUUCGUGCUCUCGUUCAGUUCUCUAAUAUAUUAACUCGACGACAAUUAGUUUGUUUUUUCCUGAGAAAAACAUUUGAUGAAUGUGUUCUUGGAGUUGGAGUAAAUGUUACUGGAGGAACUACCAAUAAAAGAAAAAUAACUAUAAAUGACUUUGAUCUCUUCUCUUAUGAGGCAUUUAAAGACUAUGGCUUACGAAAAGGAGUUUGGGGUAACACUUUCACGAAUUUCCUCCCUGUAGUAUUAAAUAUAACCCAUUUCGAUCGUGCUUUACCUAUAAUAAAAUCAUCUUUAAUGGAAUUAUGUGGAGAAAUUGGAAAACCAUGGGAUUCAUCAGUAAUUCUAAAGAUUAUUCCCAGACUUAUGAACACAACAGUGGUCACUCUAAUGAAAGCUUGUGACGAAAGUAGACAAUUCUCAAGAUCAAAAGCCUCUGAGAAAGCACUAAAAGGAUAUUGUCUUCUGUUGCAUCUAUUAUUAAUGUUAUCAAAAAAAUUUCCUGAAAUUAUCACUGAAGCUGAAAGUAAGGUUAAUACAUUUAUUCAACCAGGUAGAAAUAAUCGUCAUAAAUCUUUAAUACCUGAUUUAGGCGAAUUCAUGACUUAUCUAUUUUUAGCAAAAAAUGUUUCCUGGUCUGGGUUUGUUUCUUAUUUCUUGAAAGAGUUGUUAUCACGUAAUGUAGCUUGGUAUUUAGAUAAAGUUCCUGGAUUAGCAUUUCUCGAACAAAAUGAUUAUAUUUCCCAAUAUAGAAUGAAAGAAACAUUUACUCAAAGUGGAACUUCAUUACGACUUGUUAUGUUUCAAGUUGCAUUCUUGAAAAUGGUGAAAGGAAAAGAAGAUGAUAUGGAUAGAAGAUAUGGAUAUCCUUCAAAUGAAAUGAAUAUUUCUUUUAUCAAGAAAAUUUAUGCGGCGAAGACCUGGAAUGUUUUUUUUGAUAUGAUUGAUUCUCCAUUGCCAGAAAAAAAUUGGAAAUCAGAAGUUUGUGAUAUGUUAAUUAACGCAGUGAAAGAUAGUGAAAUAAGUGGAUAUCAUCAAAACCCUUAUACAAAUAAUGAAUUAUUUUAUCUGAGAAGAAAACAUGAAGAAAAAAUUCCUACUCCUAGUAGUUGGUUAAAUAAUGAAAAUGAAACUGCUAAAAUAGAUAAAUACGGAGUCAUGCAAUUUUUAACUUUUCGAAGAAGGUAA